AUGUCGGCGUAUAUUUUAACAUUAAUUAUACAAACAUGUGGCUGUGUGACUAAUAACAAUUUGUGUUUUCUUUUUUUUUUUACAGCCCAGAUAGAGGUGAUACCAUGCAAGGUUUGUGGGGACAAGUCAUCUGGUGUACAUUAUGGCGUUAUUACAUGUGAAGGAUGUAAGGGCUUUUUCCGACGGAGUCAAUCAGGUCCUGUAAAUUAUCAGUGCCCCAGAAACAAAGCCUGUGUUAUUGAUCGUGUCAAUAGAAAUAGAUGUCAAUAUUGUCGACUGCAGAAGUGCCUAGUCUUGGGAAUGUCAAGAGAUGCGGUGAAAUUUGGUCGGAUGUCAAAGAAGCAGCGCGAGAAAGUCGAGGAUGAAGUCAACUUGGUAAAGCAGCGUGGAUUAAAUGGGUACGAUCCCAUAUCCCCCCCUUAUUCUCAGCCAACCACCAACAACAACAACAACAACAACAGCAGCAACCAGUAUGUCACGUAAGCUGCUUCGCUUGAUCCCCCAUAUCAUCAU